AAACUCGAAUUAAACCACAAAGAAAACGAUAAUCACCAACUCCAUAAAAGCAUCUUCUCUACCUCGACCUCUGAUUAAUGGCUGCCAAUUAAACACUUUUCAGUUUUCCAUGUCUAUCUCUCUGUAUUUAUAUAUACACACAGACGCCAAGCUUAUAUAUACAGAGAGAGAGAGAAACAGAAUUUGAGGAAAAAUAAAGGUGUCGGUGCCUGUGGAUUAUCUUUUUGUGCGCAGGUUUUGCCGAUUUCGAUUCUAUAGAAAUCAACUCCAGAUGAUAUCCCACCUCUGUUUUUAGUUCUUUUUCUCUAUUCUGUUCGCCGAUUUACGAUAGAUUCUAGAUCGAUGGAAGAGAGAAGAGCCGGAGUCGGAGUCGGAGUCGGAGUCGGAGUCGGCGGCGGCAGCGGUGGUGGUGGUGAAUUAAACGGUGGUAGUUCAUGUAAUUAUUCAUCGAAAACGGGGAAAAGAAAAACCGAUCAGAGGCCUUACAAAGGGAUACGGAUGAGGAAGUGGGGGAAGUGGGUGGCUGAAAUUAGGGAGCCGAAUAAACGGUCGAGGAUUUGGCUCGGGUCGUACUCGACGCCGGUUGCGGCGGCGAGAGCUUACGAUACCGCCGUGUACUACCUCCGUGGCCCCUCCGCGCGGCUCAAUUUCCCGGAAUUGUUGGCUUCCGACGGUGGUCCUGACGAGUUGUCCGCCGCCUCUAUUCGGAAAAAAGCGAUUGAGGUUGGAGCGAGAGUGGAUGCAGAAACGAGUUGUACGUCGUUGCAUACGAGUGGUACGCUUGAACAUCAUCAUGCAUCCACUAGUGAAUUGAAGGCUUGUUGGUUUCAGGAAAAACCCGAUUUGAAUUUAAAACCCGAACCCGAAGACCCGGAUGGGGAUUAUUGGUGAACACGUAGGGAUUUUAGAGGGGUGAUUUGGUAAUUUUAUCACUAACCCCAGGUAAUUUGGAGCAGUAAUUGUAUUUUAGGUGGCUUUUUAGCUUUUGGUUUGUCUAUUUCUAUGUUGAAAAUGGAUAAAACAGAUUUUGGUUAUUUCAGUUUACAAGGAAAAUAAUGUAUAUAUCUUGUGUUGUA